CUCGGCGGGGCCGCGCCUCUCCCUGCCGGCCGCGCGCCCCUUCCUCUGCGGCCCAAGGAACGGUACCGCUGCCGCCCGCCUCUGUCGCGGCUCAGGACCGGCGGAGCCGCUCCCCUACCCCGCCCCGAGCAGCGGCUGCAGCCCGGGAGCCCGCACGGCGGGCAGAGCGGGGGGGGAGAUGAACACGGUGCUGUCCCGGGCCAACUCGCUCUUCGCCUUCUCGCUGAGCGUGAUGGCGGCGCUCACCUUCGGCUGCUUCAUCACCACCGCCUUCAAGGAGCGCAGCGUGCCCGUCAGCAUCGCCGUGUCCCGGGUCACGCUAAGAAAUGUAGAAGACUUCACUGGACCUAGAGAAAGAAGUGAUCUGGCGUUCGUCACGUUUGACAUUACUGCAGAUCUGCAGAGUAUAUUUGACUGGAAUGUUAAACAAUUGUUUCUAUAUUUGUCUGCAGAAUAUUCAACAAAAAACAAUGCUCUGAACCAAGUGGUUCUUUGGGACAAGAUCAUUUUGAGAGGAGAUAAUCCAAGGCUGUUCUUAAAAGACAUGAAGUCAAAGUACUUUUUCUUUGAUGAUGGAAAUGGUCUCAAGGGAAACAGGAAUGUCACUUUGACGCUCUCCUGGAAUGUUGUACCAAAUGCCGGCCUUCUACCUCUUGUGACAGGAUCAGGACAUAUGUCUGUACCUUUCCCAGAUACCUAUGAAACAACAAAAAGUUAUUAAAUUAUAAUACCGAAGCAACAUAUUUUUAUACUUGUAUAUUGUGAAUAAAUUUUAUUGCGGUUUCUUCACACAUCCCACACAACAUUCCCGUGAAAGGUACUUAAUUUCCUCAGGUUCAACAUCAUGGAAAAAAGAAAAAUUGAAUUUUUUUAAAUAAAACCUUGAAACUGAAACCUAAA